AUGUGUUUGACGGAUCGUUUUGUACUUGGGCUUGACUCUGCGUCUGCUCGGGAGAAAUUAUUUAGAGAAGAUCCUAAUCAGUUAAAACUAAACAAGGCACUUGAAGUAACUUGUGUAGUCGAAAGUUCGCAGCGCAUUGUUUCCGUUGGCGAUUCGGCAGAGUUAAUUAAAUCUGAACGUGUGCUAUAUACGGACUCGUGGCGAAAAAUUACUGCAAGCGGUGGUACACGAGGUGGUCGACCCCGUGGUGUCGGCGACGGCGGAACCCUCAGCGGAGUUCUCAUGAGAGGUCCCAAAAUUGUAGUGCCUAUUGUUUAUAGGGCUGCUGUGCUACAAGAACUGCAUGCUGCGCAUUUAGGAGUAGUUAAAAAGAAAAUGAUUUCUGGAGAACGCUGCUGGUACUCGGGUAUCGACAGUGACAUAGAGGACAUGGCUUCUAACUGUGGGCAUAUCUUUGCGAGCAUCUCCUAUGAAAGCGCGCUUGGAGCCGUGGUGGUGGCCCGACUUUUUUCGAAAGAAAAGAAAAGUUUUCGAAAGAAUCCGGGCCGAUGGAUGGAUGGAUCAGCCGAGAUAAUCAUUUAG